UUGAUCAUCCAACACACAACCUUUGUGUUUCUCUUGCAUUGUUACAAGAAACUCAAGUAUCUCUGAUGACUCGGUGUUUUGGUUUUUUAUUUUUAAUGUUUUGAAUCGGAGAUGAUGGAGGAAAGCAACGGGCCUUCACAUUACGUGAGGCUUACAAAGGAAAAGGAGCCUCUCGAAGAGAUCACACCUGGAGAACUCAAUCAACCUAUUCAAGUUCCUCAGUUAAUAGUUCAUAGAUGCCUUGAAUGUGGGCAACCCCUACCCGAAAGCUAUGAGCCACCUGCUGAUGAAGACUGGACUACUGGAAUCUGCGGCUGUUUCGAAGAUUUUGAUAGCUGCCUGACGGGCCUCUUUUGCCCAUGUUUCUUGUUCGGGCAAAAUGUGGAAACCUUGAGAGACGACAUCCCAAAGAACGAUGCAUGCCUCUGUCACGCUUUAUGCGUGGAGGGGGGGAUGUUGGUCGCGGCAACAACUUUAUUCUUCCACGGCAUCGACCCCAAAACAUCGUUUCUCAUCGGCGAGACCCUGGUUUUCGCCUGGUGGUUGUGCGGCAUCUACAACGGUUUGUUCCGACAAUCACUGCAGAAGAAAUAUCACCUCAAGAACUCGCCCUGCGAUCCUUGCAUGGUUCAUUGCUGCAUGCAUUGGUGUGCGUUGUGUCAAGAACAUAGGGAAAUGAAGAACCAUCUGUCGGAUAACGCUGAUUUGCAAAUGACACUUGCUAAGCCUCCGCCGGUUCAAGAGAUGAACUCCGAUGAGGAUAAAAAACAGGAGGAGGCGGCAUCGUCUUUACCACCACAGUUGGAGAUAACACCUGUAUAG